AUCAUUUUAGAUAAAUUCAUUACUUCUUCAAUCUUGUCAUCCAUUCAGCUGUCUCUCUUUCUUUCUGUCUAUCUCUCUGCCUGCUCGUUCGUUCGUUAUUCUUCUUCUCUGCUUGAUCUACAUUACCUCAGUUUCUCAUCCACUAAUUCCCAUCUUGAUCUUCAACUUCAUCAUUCUUCCACUAAUUUCGGACAAUAGCACCACUUCAACAAUCUGAUCCGGCUAACUGAGUGAAUCCCCAACACUCCACACAUGUCAUCCAUUCCUGUAAUGUCCCUCCUUCUCCCCGAACUCCGAGCGGAAUGCGAAUUCCCAUCUUAUUUCUCUUCCGGUCCAUUUCGGUUCUUCAUUCAAAUCAUCCCAUCUUACCACCGAACAUUCUCCUUCAUUCAUAUAACAGACGAGAACCUCCAUCUUACCGCCCCCUUUCUUUCUUUCGUACUUUCUUUCCUUCCGAGUAAUGCUAAGAAAAAAACAAAAUGGUACAAUGGUUGCUUUGAUGAAAACGAAGAGUCCUCUCGACACGAAUAUAUGCCUUCCGACACUUCAAUAAAUCUCACACGCGGAUUUCCUCCGGUUUUUUUCGUCGCUCCCCGUCCGCCACCCGUCCUUAUCCCGAAUACGUGUACAGGGACGCCUCCUAAUCGCCCGAAUGCCGUUUUAAUAAAUCCUGAUGAGAAGCACCUCCCAUUUUGCGUAAAUGGAAGAGAGAGAGAAGAAAAAAGUGAAGUGUUGAGACAAGUACUGCCGCCCUCCUGGCCUGCUAUGUGUCGAAUGAAGUAUGUGUACGCCAAGUAAUGCUAUGUUCUCGAAGUGGUCGUGAAAGAGGAUAGUGGAGAACCUGCUCCACAAAGCUGUAGAAAUUUCCCCUCUCUUUUCUUUUCUUGUCCUUGUCUAAUGUGUAUUAUCGUCGGAAAGGUUUCCUCCAUCUCUAUUUCCCAAUUCGCGGGCUAGCCAACGGGCUCACGGCAUCUAAAGGAGCAUGAUGAAGCG